UAAUUCUUCUUUACUCCGUCUAUCUCAAUUCCAUUCUACCUCACAUUAUUCUUACUCUCUGCCCAUCAUGCCUCGCCAAUUCUUCAUCGGUGGUAACUUCAAGAUGUAUGCCCCGCUACCCCUCCAUCCCCGACCUUGAUAGCAUAGCUAUACCACAUAACACACCACUCAAUGAAUAUACUGACAAAGUAUAGGAACGGUGUUGCCAACAGCAUCACCUCCAUCGUCAACAACCUCAACUCGGCCAAGCUCGACCCCAACGCCGAGGUCGUCAUCUCUCCCCCCGCUCCCUACCUGUCGCUUGCCCGCCAGGUCGCCAACGACAACAUCGGCGUCGCUGCCCAGAACGUCUUCGACAAGCCCAACGGUGCUUUCACCGGUGAAAUCAGCGUCGAGCAGCUCCAGGAUCUCAAGAUCAACUGGACUCUCGUUGGACACAGCGAGCGCCGUGUCAUCCUGAAGGAGUCGGACGAGUUCAUUGCCAAGAAGGUCAAGGCUGCUGUUGACGGUGGUCUUGGUGUUAUUUUCUGCAUCGGUGAGACUUUGGAGGAGCGUGAGUCCAACAGCACCAUCGCCGUCGUCACCCGUCAACUCAACGCCGCCGCCAAGGAGCUCUCCAAGGAGCAAUGGGCCAAGGUUGUCAUCGCCUACGAGCCCGUCUGGGCCAUCGGAACCGGCAAGGUCGCUACCACUGAGCAGGCUCAGGAGGUCCACGCCGCUAUCCGCAAGUGGCUCGGUGAGGCCAUCUCCGCCGAGGCCGCCGACAACACCCGUGUUAUCUACGGUGGCUCGGUCAGCGAGAAGAACUGCCGUGAGCUCGCCAAGGAGAACGAUGUUGACGGUUUCCUUGUUGGCGGUGCUAGCUUGAAGCCUGCAUGUAAGUUUCUUUCCUCUCUAAUUGGAUUUUAUCAAGCAGUUAUCUGACAGUUACAGUCGUCGACAUUGUCAACUCUCGUCUGUAAAGAUUUAGCGAUAGGUUUAUGAUGCGAUCCGUUUAAUUUACGAUUACCAAUACCGCGAUGUGAUGAAAAUUUAGACGAAUUA